AUGCCCACCCCAAUCGACCUCUCGCUCUCCUCCCUCGUCCCCACCCUCUCCCCCAUCCCCGACGAACUCACCAACCUCGCCUCCUCCCUCCUCGCCCAAUCCCGCUCCAAAGCCUCCGCCCUCAAACCCGAAGAAGAAAUCGGCCGCACAUACGCUUGCUGCCACAUCGCAUGUCAGCGGCUCGGGCAUAAGCUGGCGCUGGAGAUUGGGAAGCCCGCGCCGCCCGUGGGGCCGAGGGUAUACGCGAAGUUGCAUAGUGUUUUGACUACUACUACGGGGACGCCGAAGAGGGCGGUGAGGGGGGCCGGGGAGACGCCGGGGAGUAGGGGGAAGGAGGGGGUUUCGCCGGCGGCGGGGCGGUCGUUGGGUAGGCAGGCGACUACGCCGGGGUCGAGGAAGAGGAAGGCCGAGGCGGUGGAGGAGACGCCCAGUAAGAGCGCCAGGACUACGCGAAAAGCAGAUGCUACUAGCGAGCCUCCGGUGGAGGGGGACGCAGAAAUUUUGGAAGACGAACUUGAAGACGCGGACGAUCAAGACACCCCCGUAGCAGUCGCACGGCCAGCGAAGACACCUCUGCGAAGGGGAGAGAAGCAUGGCGCUACCGACGAAGACGACCCUGGACCUGCGGGUCUACUGCCUGGUCUGGGGACGAUGUUCCAACCUGCUGUGGAUUGGCUGAGCGAUGACAGAAGGGCAGAGUUUGCGCGGUGGAAGAAGGGUAUCUUGCGUGAGGUUGCUCUGGUGGAAGGGAAGGCUUGA